UUUGAAUGGAGCCCGAUUCUGGCCAUGUGGAGGAAAACAUGAGUUUACAAAAAGAGUGCUUUCGAAAGUUCACAAGGCCAGCUAGGGACUCUCUUAAUUUAAAGAAUCAAAAUCAAAAUGAAACCAAUUGAAUAAUUUGAGGUCUCUCAUCACAGCUCCCUUUUAACGACUCACUCUCACUAUAAAUAUUUCAUGCAUGCAGCUUUUCUCAACACUCACUAACACCAAACCUCUUCCCUCUCCUCUCUGCACUCCCAACAACAAUAUCUAUCAUUGAGGAUCUCAGCAGCAUUGGGCAGAGGUGAUAAGUUUUUUUCUUCUACACAUGACUGCUAGGGGCACCGACCCCAAAAGGGGUCGUCUUUGGCCACACAUGAUCAUGGCAAUGGCCAUUGCUUUGAUUUCUACUACUGUAGUUUCUGUCCAUGCUGAUGGUUACCCUUCCUAUUCUUCACCACCACCACCUCCUCCAACUUAUGAAUACAAGUCACCACCUCCACCUUCACCAUCACCUCCUCCUCCUUAUGAGUACAAGUCACCACCUCCUCCAUCAUCAUCACCACCACCUCCUUAUGAGUACAAGUCACCUCCCCCUCCUUCCCCAUCACCACCACCUCCCUACUAUUACAAGUCUCCUCCACCACCUUCUCCAUCGCCUCCUCCUCCAUACUACUACAAGUCUCCUCCUCCACCCUCUCCCUCCCCGCCUCCUCCAUACUACUAUAAGUCCCCUCCUCCACCCUCUCCCUCACCACCUCCUCCAUACUAUUACAAGUCUCCUCCACCACCCUCUCCCUCACCACCUCCUCCAUACUACUACAAGUCUCCUCCACCACCCUCUCCCUCUCCACCUCCUCCAUACUACUACAAGUCCCCUCCACCACCCUCUCCCUCCCCACCUCCUCCAUACUAUUACAAGUCCCCUCCACCACCCUCUCCCUCACCACCUCCUCCAUACUACUACAAGUCCCCUCCACCACCCUCUCCCUCACCACCUCCUCCAUACUACUACAAGUCCCCUCCNUUUGGCAUUAUACAUAAACCAUUUUUCUCUAAUAAGAAAACAUAA